AUGAGUCAAAGUUCUCGAUUGAACGAGACGUACGCAGUUAAAUCCCAUGACCAGGUCAAUAAGACAAAAACCGUGAAUGAUCAUACGGAAAAAAUCCCGCGAGGAAAACAUAAAAACGUAAAGUUCGGUAAUUCGGGUAAAAUAAAAUAUUGUUCGUACUACAAUUAUAUCGACUCGAUGAUAUUUUACAAUAGUAAUUUCAAAGAUGAAAAUCUUUUGAGAGUUAUCGGUCUGAAAAAUAAUAACGAUAAGAUUAAAAAUAAUAACGAUAAAGUUAAGCGCGAUACAGGCAUUAGAAUAGCUGAAAUUCCGUUCGACAUAAACCGCGCGCGAGAGACAUACAAACCGCGAGUAAAUCCGGUAUCACCAUCGACAAGUCGCGAUAUGAGCGUGAAUUCCAGAAAAGAGAUACGUACUCACUUAGCUGUAAUUAAAGACCGAUUAGAUGCGAGCGAUAAGCGUAGCAUAAACGCGAUUAAACGAGAAAAUGACAAGGAUCGUAAAGAUACCGAGAAAAAUAAGCGUGAGAAAUUCGAUAGAAUGCGCGAAAAACGUAAGGAAUAUUUCAAGAUGCGCGAUAACGCCAGAAGACAAAUAAAACAGGCCAAAGAAAGGAAGAUUAAAAAUCAAAUUCCAUUGAACAAGAGACAACGAGUGAUCGCAGAUCCUAACUCCCAGCAGAAGAGCAGAAUUAUUUUCGCUUCGAAUAAAUUACGAGACGAUAGAAGAGAACUGUCGAUACGCCGAACGCGAAGAAGUUACACAUCUCAAGAGAAGAAUAGUUUCAACGAGACGAAGAAUUUCAAGAAACAAACAGGCCUGGAUAAACAUCUUUUUAAUUAUCGAGAUGACAAUUACAGAAAGAAUCUCAAAGCAAGAGCUAUUGAGAAACUGAAUAAAAUAUUAUCAGUUAAUAAGAAAUUUGGCAAAGUAAAAUCUAACAGGUUUCCAGAGCAAAAUGAAAAACAGAUUAAUAUGAUUAGAGGAAAACGAGACGAUAAUAACAAACGAGUAAUUCCAGUCCGGUACAACAAUUCAAGGCGGAAGACGAAAAAUACGGGUUCACAACAGGAUUGGCAAACUGUCGCUUACGACGAAAACAGAGCGAGCAGAUGUCAAGAAUUCCGAGUUAAAAAUAGAUUGAGGCCGAAUCAGAGAUAUUCGAUAGAACAAGGAUAUCACAUCAAAGGUAAUCAAGCUGUGUUGAUGCACAGGGAAACUUUCCAGGACGGAAGAAAUCCGGAGAGAGUAAUAUCGGACAAAUACGGAGUAUAG